AUGACAAUUCUCGAAAAAGAUACGGAACUUAAGGAUAUCGCCUGGGCCUGUGGCCUAUUCAGCCUCUACUUUGCACUCCUUAUCAGAUUCUUCUCCCUGAGCUAUGUUCUUGGAUUCCUUCUCACCGCUGCCUUGGCGUUCCAUCAAUUUUACUGGCGCCGGCGUGGUCUUCCGCCAGGGCCUGUUCCACUUCCUCUCAUUGGAAAUGCGCUAUCGGUGGGUAGGCGUUUUCCUUUGGGAAAUAAAGUGUUUAAACUUAAUAAAAUGAGAAAAAAAAAAUUCUUUGCAAUUAAUUUUGCAACAUUCACCGAGACAUGCCUCAUCCGAAAAUGAAA